AUCUGAAUGGGAAUGAACCUCCUAUAAAUACCAGCCCAGUCCCUCACAGCUACACCAGGCGGAGACCGAAGACAAAGCUUUAGCGACUGUGUGGAGUGCUGAUCUUACUGGGAGAAUGAAGCUGUAUCUGUGUGCGCUCGUGCUGUGCCUUGUUCUUGGAGCCCAGGCUCAAUGGUAUAAGUUCCCAGGCCAAGCACUGGGAGGGGCUUAUGACAUGGGGCGAGCCUACAAGCACAUGAUAGAUGCCAAUUAUAUCGGUGCAGACAAGUACUUUCACGCCCGCGGGAACUAUGAAGCAGCUCAGAGAGGCCCCGGGGGGAAAUGGGCGGCUGAAGUGAUCAGCAACGGCCGUGAAGCUUGGCAGAGUUUCCGAGGCAGUGGGCAUGAGGACACUGCAGCUGACCAAGCGGCCAAUCACCAUGGUCGCAACGGAGGGAACCCCAACGACUACAGACCAGCCGGCCUCCCUUCGAAAUACUGAGCGGCUUCACCCUCAGCCACAGCCGGAUCUGUUCAAAAGCACAUGUACAAUUUGAUAAAGCGCUGUAGAACUCUCAAAUAAAUUCUUACCAAAAAAUUC